CCACCACUCAUAAUAGAUUGUGCGUGCAUCGUUAAGCUGACGAACCUAGUAUGCAAUAUAAAAAAGGUAUGCAGGAAAUCGUGAUAUUAAGUGCAAAAUCACAUUUGUGUAAAAAUAUGAAUUUCAAGCUGUAGAUCAAGAUACUUCUUAUACACAUGCAAAGGGAUUGGCAAUCGUGGACCAUCCAAAGUGAAUUCGAAAUUUUGUAUAGGUUUGCGGAGAGUGGAAAAAGCAUUACAAUCGGCUAUGCCGGUGGCAUGUAUGCAUUUGGCAGCCUCUUUCCGUUUCUCGCGAUAAUCCCAAAAAUAAUUGGCAGAAAUAUAACUUCUGAUUAUUCGACGCGGCCAGUGGGAUUUCCAUAUCACGUAGAAUAUUACAUAGAUCUCGAAAAGUACUAUUAUCCCGUGCUGAUUCAUAAUUACUUUACUACUGCAAUUCGUCUUACUACCAUAGUCGCGUCCGACACCUAUGUAGCUAUUCUGGUGCAGCAUUGUUGUGCACUGUUUUCAAUCGUCAGAUAUCGGCUAGAGUAUAUACGAAAAACCAUCAAGCAAGAUAAAGAGCUCGCUUUGCUCAAGGGAGAUAACAAAUUUUAUAAAAAUUUUGUAUAUUGCAUACAAAAACACAAAGAUGCUCUACGAUUUGCGAGGUGCUUAGAGAUUGUCUACACAAAAGCGUUUUUCGUGGAAAUCGGCUUAAUUAUAUUGGCUAUGAGUCUGUCGGCUCUCCAGGCAACCAGUGGUACCCUUAAUCCACAUCUUGCAAUCCGGCAUGCCGCAUACAUUAUCGCUCAAUUACUGCAUCUAUAUAUCGCGUGCUGGUUGGGGCAACAAGUAAUUGAUCAUAGCGAUCGCGUGUACACAUCGACUUACCGAGGCGAAUGGUAUGAAUCGUCACCCAAAUCCAGAAAGCUCUUGAACAUGAUAAUGCUGAGAAGUACUUUACCUUGUACAUUGACUGUUGGAAAAAUCAUGAUUCUUUCUCUUCCCAGUUUCAGCGCAGUCGUACGUGUAUCUGCUUCGUAUUUCACAGUCUUACAAUCUGUACGGUAA